GCGCUGUUGAAGAACAAGACGAAGAAGAACGCGCUCAAGACAACAAGUGAAGCAAGCAAGGAAGACAAGAGAAGCACAGGAAGGCGAGAAUAACGACCAAGGCAAGCAAGCAAGCAAGGCGAUGGAUGCGUGGGAACUUCGACAGGGUCUCGACAGCAAGAAGCAGCACCAGCAACAGCAAGGGACGACACCAGAGGAGGAUGCUGAUGUUGCGCAACAGGGCCCGCAGGCGCCAGCCCCAGCCUCCUCGUCCACUGGCCCCGUCUACAUGAGGGAGGAGGAUGCGCAAAUGACAAAGUUUGCCAUUGCAUCCCUCCUGGCACACGUGCUGUCCACAGAGGGUGAGCUAGCCACGUGCUCCGCAUCCAAGGAUGACCCGCUCUGCAAGACCCCAGAGCAGAGGAUGGAGUGGAGGGUGAAGCUGCUGAACAACGUGCUGGAAGCCCUCGAGAUGACGGGCAGCCGGGCAACGCUGGAGGCUGUGGUGACUGGGGAAAUCACCAUGGACUGCUACACGCUGCUGGACGCCAUUCUGCGCCAGAACAACCUGGAGAAGAACAACAUGCUCUCCCUCGUCCUCGCACAGGCCAUCAAAGACGGCGUGUACGAUGCGCGCGUGCGUGCGUGCGUGGCGCGGUUUGCGCUUGAGCUGAACAUCAGCACCGCUGUUCUCCGUCGACACGAGGCCGUCAUCGCCACCGCCCUCGAGAGCGCCCUCCACGACGGCGCGGAGGAGGUUGAGGACGAGCGGAAGCGGCAGAUUGCGCGGGCAAAGAGGAACCGCUAUCUCAAGAUUGGUCUCGGCACCGUCAUCGGCGGCACCGUCAUCGGCGUGACUGGCGGCCUGGCUGCGCCGCUCGUUGCUGCGGGGGCGGGCGCCAUCUUCGGCACCUCCGCCGCCGUCUCCCUCGGAAGCGUCGCCGGCAUCUACGCAAUCGGUUCGCUGUUUGGCGCUUACGGUGCGCGCAUGGGCGCAUACCGCAUGAGCAGGAGGGAUGGCCAGCUGGAAGAAUUCAAAUUCCUGCCCAUGCAGGACCAACCAGACAGUCUCUCCGUCACCAUUUGCAUUUCCGGGUGGAUCACAAAUCCAGACGACAAGUACAAGGACUAUGUCGAACCCUGGCUUGGCCUCAACAUCGAAACAGAGCAGUACUGCCUGCUGUUUGAUUACAAGCAGAUGCUCGCCCUCGGCGUUGCCCUCGAGAAACUGCUUAAGGCCGAGGCGGUCGGGUACGUCGUGUCUGAAGUCCUCAAGCGGACGGUGCUCGCCUCGCUCAUGGCCGCCGUCGCCCUCCCAGCUGCAAUCCUCAAGAUUGGAUCGCUGGUUGACAAUCCGUGGUCGGUCGCCGCAAACAGGGCAGAGCGCGCCGGCAUUGAGCUGGCAAGCGCCCUCCUCUCACGCGCACAGGGCAAUCGGCCCGUGACGCUGGUUGGGUUCUCGCUGGGCGCCCUCACCGUCUUCCACUGCCUCAAGGAGAUGAGCAGACGCAAACACGCUGCAGGCGUGGUUGAGAACGUGUUUCUCUUUGGCGCCCCCGUCACCGGCGAUCCAAAUGUGUGGGCGUCGUUUGAGCACGUGGUUGCAUCACGUAUCGUCGUCGGAUACAGCAACAAGGACUGGCUCCUCGCCUUUCUCUGCCGCGGUGCCGCCUUCAGCAUGUCUGUUGCUGGCGUCCACGGCGUUGCCUCGCCGCUGGUUGAGAACUUGGACCUGAGCGACAUUAUCCAGGGUCGCACCAACUACGCCGGGAACAUGGACAAGAUCCUCUCGCGUGCAGGUCUUCGCCAGUGCCAGUACGGCAGCCCCCACCGCGGCACCAUCGGCUCGCGCGUGUAUGUCCCAAAGUUUGGAUACGGCAUUCACAGGUACUAUGGAAUGCUGAAACUGCCUGAGGACAAAACACGCCAGCCGCCAGCGCAGCAGCAGCAACAGAAGCAACAACAGCAGCAGAAGCAACAGCAGCAACGGCAGCAACAGAAGCAGCAAGCUGCACAAUCGAAGAUGCCACCAAAGCAGCAAAAGCAGCAGCAGCAGCAGCAGCAGCAGAAGUCAUCAUUCCUUGGCGGGCUGUUUCGCUCGUCGUCGGUGUCCUCGUCCCGCUCGCGAACAGCGACGGCCUCAUCGCCAUCACCAGCAUCAUCAUCAUCGACGUCGACAGCAGGAGGCAAGACGGGCAGCAGCAACAAGGGGUCGCCCGCUGCCAACAAGGGUGAGCUCGAUCUCGAAGCGUUUGAUGACGCGUUGGCGGAACUGUCGGAGGAAGCGCAGGCAACGAAGAACAAGCACAAGCAGCAAGCGCACAAGCAUCAGCCGUUUGAGAGCGGCAAUGGUGGUGAUGAUGGUGGCGUGGAGGUGAUGGCUGAGACGACAACAGCGCCUGUUGAGGACGAGAUGUCCAUUUCCACCGCCAUUGAACGCGAGCAGCAGCACGAACAGCAGCAGCAGCGAAAAGGAGAGACACAGGUACCCGGUACGAGUGGCGCUGAUGCGACACACGAUGAUGGUGUUGUGGAUGUGGUGACAAAGGGUGCGAGUGACGACACCGCCGACGCCGCCACCAGCAGGCCAGCGCCUGGUCUUGGCGUGAAGGAGGUGGCACAGGAGGGCGCCGUGUACGGAGCAGCCAAGGUUGUGGGCGGCCUUGCACAGCGCGCGAUGAUGCUUGCAAGCAAAGGCGACACGGGCAACGUGCCGCUGGUGUGGAUUGGCGUUGCAUUUGACGACCCCGUUGCCGCAAACGACGGAACCGUCAAGGGCGUCACCUACUUCAAGACGUGCAAGCGUCACGGCGGGUUCUUCUCCGCGCGAUCUGGCGCCGUCCGUCUCGCAGACGACGAGCGGGGGAUGGGGAAAUGCUAUUCGUGCCUGUGCAUGCGCAACCGGUUCCGCAAGUGCUACUCGCCGACGUGUCUCGCUGCCUACGAUCGCGGCGUCGCUGCGCGCACAUAUGUCCCGCCGCCCGUCGAUGAGGAGGAGGAGGAGGCCGCAAAACAGCAGGGCGGUAACGUCGUCUCUCGCACAUACCGCAACGUCGGGCGCACCCUCUCACGCUGGACGCACACUGCGCUGUGGGGCAAGGACGAGACAAGCAACGACCGUGAGGAAGGAGAGGAGAAGCGGAAGGCGGGUGUCGACGACGCCAGCGACGAUGACGAUGAUGAUGGCGCGAUUGCGUCAUCAACGAAGGAUGAGUCCUCCGCAUAAACAACAACAACAACAACAACAACAACAACAACAACAAC